UAGUGAUGGCAAGCGGUGAUAACUAAAAUGCGUGUGUUUGCACGUUAUUUGUUUGGAAAAAGUGACAAAGAAACCGCGAAUGUGAAAAACGCAGCAUGCUAAAGCUGCACAGCAGCCGAGGCAUCGUCUAAAGGUUGAAGAUUAGGGAGCAGACAUUUCAGCGGUAAACCUCCGUUUCUGACUCAGAAGUUGUCCGGCUACAUCAAGCAUUUGGCGUUGUUUUUCAGUCAGAGUACUGCAGCCCACGACACCUCUUCCGAUUGCAUUUUUUUUGUUGUUGUUUCAACUAUUUAAUUAUUUGUCAAAAAUACCGACUACUGAGACUGAGAGAAAGCCCCAAAACAAAGCAAUGCCCCCGUGGCAUCGCGUUGGAUGGAAAAGAGUUUAUUUUUAGUGCUGAUGGUGCGGAUUUGAUAGGUUCUGCGCCCCACCGCGUUUUGCUGGGCUGCUCCUACCCGCGGCAGAUUCAUUAGCAGCGCUAGCUCACACUGAACAGGUCUUUGACCUUUGCUGCAGCAUUCUGCACCGACCCGAACCGAGACGUAGCGCUGAAAAGCACUGAUGACGAUAGUGAGCUCCCUAUUCACACUGAGCUUACUAAACAAACCCAGAUACGUAACAUCGCUGCAUGGAGCGCGUCUCUGGUGCCUUUAAUAUCAGACAGAAACUCCCUCCAGCCCCUUCAGUCAGCGGAAAGCCGACUCCUUCGCUAUCGAUUCUGCCCAACCUUCAGCCGCGAUGGGUUCUCAAGACUGAACGCAGCGCACCUCGGCUCAACCCAACCGUACUUCAUAGUCAUAGCCCCGGCUGAGGUUUCGCAAGGAGAUCGCCUCUCGGUUAAAAGCGUAUUUUACAUUGGGUAGCGUUAGAUAGGUGACAGUGUGAGGCAGUCAGCAAGAUGCCGGAACAGAGCAACGAUUACAGGGUGGUGGUGUUCGGAGCGGGAGGCGUGGGCAAGAGCUCGCUGGUGUUGAGGUUUGUCAAAGGGACAUUUCGGGAGAGCUAUAUCCCUACGAUCGAAGACACUUACCGCCAGGUCAUCAGCUGUGACAAGAGCAUCUGCACUUUACAGAUCACCGACACCACAGGGAGUCACCAGUUCCCCGCCAUGCAGCGCCUCUCCAUCUCCAAAGGGCACGCCUUCAUCCUCGUUUACUCCAUCACUAGCAAGCAGUCUUUGGAAGAGCUGAAGCCCAUCUACGAACAAGUGUGCCAGAUCAAGGGGGACGUGGAGAGCAUCCCCAUCAUGCUGGUGGGCAACAAGUGCGACGACACGCUGAGAGAGGUGCAGGCCAGUGACGGCGAGUCCCAAGCCAAGCGGUGGAAGUGCGGCUUCAUGGAGACCUCGGCCAAGACGAAUCACAACGUGAAGGAGCUCUUCCAGGAACUGCUGAAUCUGGAGAAGCGCAGGGCGGUCAGCCUGCAAAUCGACGGCAAGAAAUCCAAGCAGCAAAAGAGGACAGAGAAACUCAAGGGGAAGUGUGUCGUUAUGUGAACUGCCACCCGGUCCAUAAGCAACAACAAAACAGAACCCCGGCCGGAAAAAAAAUAAGCACCGGUCAGAUUCAGCACAGAAAUAUGAAACUGACCUCACGGCCGUUCACGGGGCUUUAUCUCAAAGGCGAAACGUAUUGUCUUUUUUUUCCAUCCAGCCAAAAUUAAGUUUUAAAAGGUAAAUCGAGAAUCCCCUUGCGGAACUAUUAGGUUCCCCUGAUGGAGGAGCUGUGUAUUUGUAUUAAAUAGCUGCGUUCCUUCUUUUAAAUGACCUGGAUGCAACACGAAUAUUUAUAUUUGAGUGCAGAGCCACUAAUUAAAGCACAUUCAUUUUGACGCGUUCAAUCACGGAUAUUUUUAUUUAUUAAAGCUUAGAGAGUUAUUCACUAACAAAUAGCACCUUAUUAAUGCAAACAUAUAUUACAAAAUAAGGUCCAUGGGCAAAUAUUUUUAAGAUCAAUGGACAGAUAGUUUCAAUCACUAUAACAGGAAACGUCAUAACAAUGAGCUAUUGAUUUAAGCUAUUUAUAUAAUAAAUGCAUUAACCUUGCAUGACGUUUUAAAUAAAAUAUAUUCUAAAACCAGUGCCGAUAACGUUUGAUUCUGGUGAGUUCCUCUUUGCAGCAUCAUUUUAGUUCAAUUAUAUUUGCGAGGGGAGGUGAGGGGUUAUGGGGAAAAUAAUAAUCUCUAAAGUUACUGAAAUAGCACAGUGAUCUAGUAUAUCCCGAUUCAUUUAGCAUAGCAUCAGUCAAUCGACACAGAUAGAUAAAUAUCAUAAUGGGGGGUUUAAACUGCAGACACGUUCUACCAUACCUGGUGGAGGAGGCUUGUGUGUCACUGUUAACUAUGUUUUGGCAACACAAUACCCAGGAAGAGAAUAAGAGCAUGGAUAAAAGAUUUGCAUCAAAGGGCAAAAAGCAGCAUAUACUUGAUCAAAUAGUGUUCCAUACUACUUGUGGGGGGGGGUGGGGUG